AUGGAAUCGGGGACAGUUAGUGAUUCAUUAUUUUCCUGGUUAAAUUAUGUCGAUCCAAUGGUUUCAAAAGUACCAAUACUUGCGACUAAUCCGAUGUUUGUUUUCAUCUUUAUUAUUGUUUACUUACUUGUCGCUUUUCACCUUGGACCUUUGCUUGUGGCCUCAUCAAAACCAGCCGACUUAAGACCUUACAUGUUGAUAUCAAAUGCGCUGAUUUUUGGUGCCUCAGCGAUGGGAAUACCAUUAGCCAUGUAUCUAACUUCGUGGGCAACGAUACCUUGGCAGUGUCCAGAACCGUAUAUUCAGCCUGCACUUUUGGAGACUCAGAUUUACUUGGGUGUUGCCUUUUUCUUGAUCCAAUUGUUUACCGCUAGCACAACAAUUUACAUGAUUGUCCGGAAAAAGGAAACACAGAAUCCUGGUUUAGAUGCACUUCGAACCAGUGGGAUUAUUUUCCUCGUCUAUUUUGGUGCACGGCAACAUCCUCGAGGCCCAUUUCUUUUCCGGCCAAUUUGUGAGAUCAUAUUAGCUACAUUGAGAAGAGCUUAUUACAUCCUAUUGACUCCCGUUCAAUCGUAUGGAUCAUACAGAUCACUAAAGAAUCUAAUUAAUUACUCAACUCUUGCUUCGGGUAUAAUCAAUACAGGUCACAUUGGUUAUAUGUUCACUCGAGACUGUCCUGGAGAUGUUAAUAUUAAAUUGAUUUCUAUGACAACGGCAGCGAUUGAGGCCACUUAUUUAACUUAUACGCUCGUGAUUAAAGGCAAAUCAAAUGAUAAAAUUGACUGCAAGGAUGGUAAAGACAAAUAG